UGGAGAGGUAAUGCGUGAUACGAACUUUCGAGACUACGCAAGCUCUCGCGCAUUGCGCGAGUUCCGCAUGAAUUUAUAGAGCACACGCAAUCUAUGCGCCUACUGUUUCUUGUCAAUCAGUCGGCGCCGGCAUUACCGGCUCGUCACCAUGGCAGCAAGGCACAUUUUGUUGCUGGCACUGCCCAUAGCCCUAGCUCAGCCGUUGUGGAACUCGCAGGGCGCGUUUCCUUCGGUAAACCCGUGGGCUGGCUUACAAGGCUACCCCGGUUUAUCGUCUUCCGCAGGACAGCAGGAAGUCGUGAAUGACGGUAACGGCGUCUACCAAGAUGACGGAGAUGAAACGUACGACGUAGUCAACAUUCCCAGAGCCAUGGAAGGCGUUCCUCACGGAACUCACUUUGGCGGCGAUUACGGCUUCCCGCGCUACGGCGGUCGGUCCCGUGUAAGUCGAUACGGAAUCGACUACGGAGACAUUCGUUCUCGUUGGCGUGGCAGGCACUACGGUCUGCGUGGCUUCGGAGGAUACCACGGUCCCUGGGCUGGUGCACUCGCUUACGGUGCUUUCGGCUAUCCGGCUCUUUACGGCCAGACCUAUCCAAGAUGGACGGGUCGGUUCGGCGGCCGGGAACAUCCGACAACUUUUGACCCGUACCUCGCGUAUCCGUACUACCGCAAUCCGUUCGCCGUAAAGCGAUUGAUGCCGUGGUGAUGCCGUAUUUUCGUUCUUAAGAACUACAUUGUGUAGCACUACUGUGCAGACACACUAAGCUUCAUAAUGCUGCGAAUUCGAGCAAACUUUGUACAUACCCACUAGCAACAAGAAGGAAGACUCUCCGGGAAAGUAUAGUUUUAAAAUUUAAUAAAAUUUACCCAAGGCUUCGAGGCCAAUUCGGCCUCUUCUUUACGGGUUAACUCUGAGACAGCCCUUGAAGAAGAGACCGAAUUGGCCACGAAACGUUGGAUCAGUUAUUAUGAAAACUAAACAUGGCUGGAGAGUCUUUCUUCUCGUAAUUUUACCCAGCCAGACAGGGCACUGCACGGGUUAACUUUUGGCAAAAGUUUCUUUAAAAUAUGCGUCGCUCCUUCUUUGUCGAUCUUGUUUCAGCAUUUGACAUUUGUUACUUUGCGCUACCAACAGCGCCGAGCGUCUGUGUUUCUACAUGCCAUCGUUGAGCAACAGUUAGCACAACAACGAGACACGAAAGAAUCAAUUUGUAAACCGCCCGUUUGUGGCACGAAACUGCAAAGAAAUGAACGCGGAUUUUUUGGAAAGAAAAAUUCGACUUGUCUGGAACCAGGACUAGGACCAGGAAGGACUGUUCGCCAGCUAACACUUUUAUUGAAAUUUAUUUAGAUUUCCUUCUAGCUUUGCUAUACAAAUGGGGGCAUCACAAUUUGCUCUUUCGUGACACUUAAUGCCCCUUGCAGGAUUUCUCACAAAUAAUGAGCAACGAGAACAGGAGCAUCGUUUUCCAGCUUCUGAAGGGCCUGCCGACCGAAACGCUCGCUUAAUAAUUCCGAAAAUUUCGAAAGAAGCAUCGUGUUUUAUGCAGCCAUUCUUCGACGAAACGGCUGAAGUUAAAAUGUUUGCAUGCAUAGCAUUUGCACAACGUGCUUCUGUGCUUUUUUGUUCUGUAAAUAAAUGUCUAUAAAUUCGACCGUU